UCACUCCGGUGAAUUACGUGGUACCAGGCAAGAUGAUGAUCAAGGUCGAAAGCUCUGAUGGAAUGGUGUUUGAACUAGAUCAGAAGGCGGCGGAGCAGUCCUUCUUCAUCAACGAAACAAUCCAGUACUGCAUCGAGCAAGUGAAUACCAUCAAGAUCCCUAACAUCAAUGGCAAGAUUCUCUCCAUGAUUGUGAAUUUCUGCAGGAAGCAUGCUGAAACUGUCGAUUUCAUUGAACUCCAAAGCUGGGAUGAUGAGUUCAUCAAAGAUUACAACACGGAUGAUAUCUUUGAUCUCAUCAGUGCUUCUGAUUUUCUCCGCAUCCAUAGUCUCAUGAAUCUUUGUUGCUCCAAGGUGGCAAAAUUGAUCGAAGGGAAGACUGCUAGUGAAAUCCGAGACAUGUUAGGUAUCGAGUAUGACUUCACUGAAGAAGAGAAGGAAGCAAUAAGGAAAGAGAACAUGUGGGCGUUUUCAUGAAGAUGGCAGCAAUAUUGUUUGCCUAAAUAAAAAAAACAACACAAGCAGUAAAUAAAGCACAAGUGUUUUGUACUGUUCUAUGUUUGAUUUUCAUGGAACAGUACAGAUUUUUU